GAGCAAUGGCUGCGUGGAGAGUGGUCACGUGACGCGGCCGACUCUCUAGUCUCUCCUCUCCGCGCUGUCCUCGUCGCUCUUCAAUUUUCGCGAGCGCGAGCUAUAGUAAAGUCUGAGCGUGCACGUAUACCCACACGCUAUACGCUAUACCACAUACUGCUCUGGGCCUCCGCUCGGAUCAGCGCGCGUGCGGAGCACAGCAGCUAUAUAGUAUAUACUCGCGACGCGAGUGAGUGCCUAUACUCUCGCCGUUGUGUGGUGUGCGCGAACGCGCGCGCGAGAGAGAGAGAAGAAACGAGUACCAGUUGUGUGUCUGUGUGUGUGUGUGCAAGUGCUAUAGCUGCGUACUAUAGCGUGCGUGGAGUGUACGUACGUACGUACGCCAGCAGCGGCUCGGCUGUGCUCCGACACAGGACGCGGCGACGAGAGCACUUUGUGUGUGUCCCCGCGUCGUCUCGCGCGAUCUCUCUACACCAGCAAACCUACAGUCCACUAACUCGCUCGCGCGCGGCGUCGCGUCCUCUCUCUCUCUCUAAGUCUCUACUAGGCUCGGCUCUCCUCGAUAAGCAGAGAAGCAGCAGCAGCCACCGGCCAGCAGUAGCAGCAGCGUCCUGACGCCCCUGCGGCGGCGGCGACUACAUUCCAUUUCGUGCGCCGAGAGCGAGCUCUGAUGCGAGAAGAUGUCGGCCUCGUCGCAGCGGAUGCGCAAGUCCUCGCCAUGCUCCAGCGCGAAGCAGGGCCCGAUGCGGGCUACCCUGCCCGUCAGCUCGCUUCUGCGACAGAGCAGGCAGCAGCAGCAGCCGCCCCAAGCUAGCGCCGCCUCGCUCAGGAAAAGCAACAGCAGCAGCCCUACCGCCGUCUCGCCCACGAACGCGAACGCGUGGCGGGCCCGCAUCUCCCCCGAGACAUCCAGCUCCGGGCAGCGCAGUCCCGGCUCGCUCUCUUACAAAGGCUACUUUGCAGCUAAAUCAAAAACUCUGAGUGGUCGCUGCAGCGACAGUCUCAGCGGAAGCCAGAACAUCCGGAGGACUGCCUCGCUGGACACCAUUUAUCUCAAGGGACAAUGGCCCCGUGACUCGCACUACAUUCACACCAUCCUCCGGGUGGACAAAGCCACUCAGACUGAUGAGUGCUCCAAUGAGCCACGCAAGACUCACAGCCGUCACCCCACAGAACAAACUAUGACUGAUGAGAAGCUGGAGAAGUACUUUAGGCAUCGGCUGCAACGAACAAACAAGGAGGGAACUAGCAGUAGAGAAAGAACAGCUGCAUUUGGUCUCAUAAUGCCUGGUGGUCCACCUCCAGCACUUCCUGGGGAUCACUCGGUUCUUCUGCCCAGUAUUGCUUCACAGACCUCUACCCACAAUCAAUUCAGUUUAAGUACAAAAGCAAGUCCUAUGAACAUACCUGUCAAACCAAUAAGGCCUCCAAUGCGUUCCUCAAUUGAAGGAUUGAACCAAGAGAUCGAAGGUUUAGUGCUCAAAUCCACAGGAAACUCAAGUGAUUUGGAUUAUCAAAUUGAGGAUAAGUAUGCAAGAUAUCGUGAUCAGAUAACUCCAGAGGGACAUCGGGCACCCUUGGCUGAUCUCUUCAGAGCUAAUCGCAGUGUCAACAGUGUCAACACACAGACACCAGCUACUGAUCUUCCCUCCAGUUCUUACUCUUCAGGCCCUCCAUCUAGGAACUCAGAGUCACCACUGAUACCAGGUUCAAUGGAUGUAUCCCGUCCAUCUAGUGACCUUCUGCAAGGUGGAAGUCGUGGCUCCACGCCAGAGCAGGAAAGAGAAGGACGUUUAGGUACAUCCCCUCACAUCAACAGGUUUCUUGCUAGGGAACCACCCGAUGGCUGUGAAAAAGUCAAUACUAAAUUUGUUGAAGAUGUUAGGCGACCAAUGGCUGAUUUGAGCAAACUCGACUAUUGCUCAAAGCCUUGCGUAGCAUUCCAGUUAAAACCAAGCCUAGGAUCGGCAUUCCUUCCGCUGCAGCAGCCUGUUAGCCCGACAAUGGCUACUAGUGCGACGCCUUCAUCGCACACGACGCCGACGACACCUCCUCCAAAUCCAUAGUCCCUGGCUGUUCCUUGCAGCGAAAAAUUGCGUAAACCUGACUGGUAUAAAUAUGAUAUAUACAUAUAUACAUAUAUAUAUAUAUAUUUUUCUUUAAUCAACACUGUGGCUAGGAAGUGAAUAUCUUCUACAAGAAAACCAAUACAUAUACUUUUUAAAAAAUACGACUACCUAGACGGGCAACGUAAAGUUACCGAUAAGAAAAGUAGCUGAUUCCCAGUGUGGCUCGAGCGGUACAUCUUGGGCCAAAUGAUUCUGUAAUUAAAAAUUUUUAAUCGCAUCGACGUAGACAAAAAAAAGAAACAAAAAACGUAAACGCGCAAAGUAUUCGAAUGGCUCUUGACCUCCGUUAAUAAUAUCCAACAAAAAAGUGUAGAGAAAAAUGGAAAGGCAACACAAUAAUGAUGAGUACGAGGAACAAUAAUUUGUGAUAAUUAAAAAAACAACGUUUAGGAAUAAACAUUGUGUUCUACAAGAAUUAAGACUAAUGAAAUUGUGUGUAUUCUAAAUUUAGUGCUAAAAAUGUCCUAAACGACUUUAAUUUUCUACGCAGGAAUGAAAAUAUUCAGAAUGAUAAUUAAUAACGAGAAAAGUAUUAAAUUUGAAUGUUGGAAGCAUUAAUACAAAAUUACACAGAUUAAAAAGAAGCGAAAGAGAGAGAGAGAGAGAGAGAGAGAGAGAGAGAGAGAGAGAGAGAGAGAGAGAGAGAGAGAGAAUGCAAGAGGGAGAAAGAGAGAAAAGUACGUAUGCACCAGUAUAUGUACAUAAAAGUACCCAUUCGCACUGCUCUCCUAUGAGGAGCUUCCGAGAGCUCGUGAGCGCAGUUUUCUUUUGCGACGACAACGCGGUAAUGGAAACGUGCUUGAAUCUUCUUUUUACUAUAUAACUACAAUUUUUUGUAUUAUUAUUUUAUACGCUCAUGCAUAUUCGAUAAUUUUUUUACUUUAUACAAUUAUCUUAUCUUGUAAGGAUGCAGAUGUGUCACUCACAUCGACGGUUUUUUCAUAAUUGUAAUAAUCAAACGAAAUCAAAUGCUUUUAUAUGGUUUCCCUUUGUUAUCGUUCAUUAUUUCGCAAUAUCUGAUACUGAAAGAGAACUUGUAUACUUGUAUGUAUGAUUCGGAAAUUGCCCCAAAGGCCACCGUGUUUUUGGCGCUAAUUGACUGGGCGCUCGAAUGUAAGCGUAUAUGCAAGAGCGAGAGAGAGAGAGCGAGAAAGAGAGAGAGAGAGAGAGAGAGAGAGAGAGAGAGAGAGAGAGAGACCCAACGAUAAAAGCAUGAAAAAAAAAACAGAAUGGAUAGCACAUGCGAAUUCCGAAAACUUGAGAUACUUGGUCAUAAUCUAGAUUCCAUUGCAAGCUUGCCUGAUUCUAUAGCAAAAAAAAAAAAAUAAUUAUAAACAGCAAUGCCAUAGGCCUGUAUGAGAGAAUCUGUGUUUCAAACUUGCGUAUCAAGUUAGAUUUGUAAUCCGAGUAAGAGUACAAGCGAAGAAGCGGCAUGUAACUUGGCAGUGCGAGUGGAUACGCGUUGACAGGAAGAAAAUAAUAAAGUCUAGAUAAUUAUAUACACGUGACAAGUAAUGAGUCGAGAGAUGGUGGAGCUGAUAAUAUAUAAAGCGUAUCGAUAAAAAAAAACGAGCGAGUAGUGCGUUACGUUGUGCGAGGCACUUGUCGGCAGCUCACGGAUGACAGGAAUGGAAUACCCGAGGAAUUAAAGAAACGAUGAAGAAACCAAUAGUUCGAAACAUUGGCGCGCGUGUGCGUAUGUGUGCAAGUGCGAUGUCCGUGAUAGCAUAUGCGAGAGCACGUGGGAGCAGAGUUAUGUCGCUGUAACUGACUCAAGUCGCAGAUAGAAGUGCAUUUCAAACGUGAGAUUUUUUAUUUUUAAAAGUCGACGAUAAUAAACAAAGUAUAAGCUAACGAACUGACGUAGUCAAUACUAGGCAAACUCCAAUUACUUUUAGUCAUAAACGCGACAUGCAAAUUGAACUAUUUUUACAGGAAAGGAGCUAUUAGAACUAUAAUAACGCAUUACUGUAUAUCUUUUAUACCGAUGCGUUUAGCAAAUAUAGCAGAUAUAUUUUUUUUUUCUUAAUUGACGUAAUUUUUUACACUACUUACUCUCAUCAACGGAAUAACUGUAGCGCUUGUGUGAGGCUUUGAAAAAUAAAAAAUCUCACCAUAUGUCACUUGACGAUACUAGGCUCUCGUUUUUCCUUAAUGAACGUUGCGUACUCGGCGACAUGCGCUGGACUAUAAACGCGUGUCUGCGUCUGAGAUACUUUUUAAAACGAACCGAUUGAACCAUCCAUAAAUAGCGUUUAUUUCUUAUAAGCGAGAAAAAUGCUGCGGUACACAUAACACACACAGAUACACAUAGAGACCCAACUCUUCUCUUUUUCACCCUACUCUUAUUAUGUUUUCCACUUGCGAUUUGCCAAAAGCUCAAGCGAGAGACAAAUCGGCGCCAAGUGGAGCCAACUCUUUUAUUCGUCAAAUGGACCAACUUGAUUAUUUAGUACCAUUUGAAUGUUUUCUUCAACUCUUUUUUAUUUUUCAUGUUUAAUGCUUCGCUAUACAUGAUGUAUUUUUUACAGCGAUAUUACAUUACUUGUAACUUUUCUUUUCUUGCAAGUCUUGAUAACAAAAGAAAAUAAUGAGUCGAGCUUCGAGCAGGUUUAUUUUACUCUCAUCAUUUUUAAAAUGGAGGGAAAAUUUUUUCGAGAUAUAAAAAGAAAACACUGUAGCAGACUACUGUCUUGAACUAUUAUGAAUAUUUAGCAUUGAGAAAAAAAUGUUAACACAUAAGUACCUGGCACUGGUCUAUGCUCUCUUUUAUCCAGCUCACUUUUAAAAAUGUUUAUGCCUUACAAGUAGAAAAUUUAACGAGUGGCAUAGUGUGCUGUUAUACGUUGCACGAAGGUUAAUUCUGCAGUCUGAGCGAAUCUUGAGAUGUUGUAAAAUUGCGCGUUCAAAUCAUCAUUCAAAUGCUCAUUUUUUAUGACGCGAAACUUUUCUUCAAGGUACUUACACUUCUUUUUAAACUAGAUUUCUUCGCAUUAAAGAUUUCAUUAUUGUACCAUACAAAUUUUCAAGAGUUAAAUUCUUGCCAAAUUGUCAUUUCGAUUUUAAAAAUUUUAUUAAAAGAAUGUAUAUUUUUGACGAUUUCAGAGCAGUUACGUUAGGUUAAUAAUGCUACCAAUUGUAAUCAAAUUUUGUUGGUAAUUAUUAUUACAUUAUAUGAUUUUAAAAAUUACGUUAUCAUAUUAUAUUUUAUUUAUAAAAGAGAAAUCCAAGAAUAGGCACAAUGAGGGUCUAUAAUUUUGUCUUCUUUCAAAUUAUUGAUACUUGUGCUUAACCUUCUUUAUGCCAAUUUUUGUACGUUAGUAUGAUAAGUUGAUGUUACAUCAAGAAUUUUUUCGUGCAUUCUGCAACUAGUAUUUGAUUCUUAUUCUUAAUAUAUAUAUAUAUUCUUAUACAUCAAUUUUUAAGACACCAAAAAUUUAAUAAUCAAAUUACCCUACGCCGAGCGAAUAUGUUGAUAUAAAACAACUUGUAUGUAUUAUUAAACUUUAAUAAAAUAUUUCUUUGUAUUUAAAAUUUUUUAAAUUUAUAAAUUAAGUUUUUGGCACUUGGGAUUAUUAUGAAUUGUCAUUUUAAAUUGUCUCGUUGACAUUUACGCAAAAUUUUAAUCAGUCUACAAUUUUGAUUUGUAAACAGCUGUCGCUUGUUCCCUUUUGUACGGCACUUGUCAGGUUUUAAAUGUAAAAUUGGAGACUACAUCUGUUAACUUUCGUGCAUUGACAUAAUGUGUUUAAAUUAUUAUUGUUAGCUUUUGUUGUAAAUUUCAAGCGGACGGCGAGGAAUAAAGCGUGUAAAGACUGCUAAAAGAUUACCUGUUGAUUGGAUAAUAUAUCAAAAAAUAAGAGGAAAAAAAUAAAGAAAAAGCUGACGUAAAGCUAGUCUGUCAUUUCCAGUUUGAAAAUACCUAUAGUCCAAGCGUAGGUAUAGGCUAUAGUGAAUCGUUAAGUGAACAACUCAGUGUUCACAAUUUCGGUAUACUCUCGACAUAUCUUGAAAUAAAAAAAUUAAUUAUCUGAGCAGGUUUCAGAAAAGCAGAAUGAUUAUCGUCAAUUAUAUAACAGUUGAUGUAACCCUAGGACUAGGUAAACUCUAGUUUCCCAUAUUUCGUUCAACGCAGAACACUAAAACGAAUAUCAAAAGUAGUGUAACACAAUCGCACUAUUGUCAAGAUUUGUUUUAUAUUUCUCAAUCUACAGCAGUUAGCAAACGUCUAUUUUCAAGGUCUUUUUAUGUGAUAAAUGAAUUCUCCAACAAUUUUCUGAUAUACUGUAACAAGUUCUAGGGCUAUAUCAAAAUUAGUUUGUCGAGUUGUAAAACUAUUGUAAAUUAUAAGGCAGUUUGUAUGCCAAAUUAAUAUUGUGGUAUAAUCGAAUAACUCUUGGCUGCAAAUUUAUCGAUCAAGUAUUAUAAUGUUUAAGUUGUAUGCGUGUGCGCCCGGCUGCACAGUCAUCAACGAUCUUGGGUUUCAACUGCAUACAGUAGUCGCUAGUAAAUCAAAUAUUUUGAGAAAAAUAAACAAUACUCCAAGCAGAUACGAUCAAGACUAGAGAGAAAACUUGCUGCUGCGUCGAUUCGAUAUAUUAUAUACGAUUCAAGGGGGGAUGUGCCUGUACAUGGCCCCUUAAUUUUGUUAAUUACAAAACCGAUCUCAUCGACCCUUAAGGAUUUUGUUUCACGCAAAACUAGUGACACCCAUUUUACCAUAUUCUUUCGAAAUAUACGGCUGUUUUAAAUGAUCAGUUGUAUUGUUUUGUAUGUUGAUGUAACACUGUAUGUACUUGCUCCAAUAGAAGUUAACGAUAAGCACUUUUUUAUUUUUAUCAUAAGUGUAAAUGAGACAAAAGUGUACCUUUUUAUAUUACUGUCAAGUCGCCUUAAAUAAAUAAAAUUUUAAAAGUA